AUCUUAUUAUAUAUACGUCGUCUUCGUAUUUCUGAACGCAUUAAUUCUGUCAUUCAAUCUGUCAACAACAUCAAGAAGUUGACGUUUGAGUUGUGAGCUAUGGGUUGAUUAGUGGUUGAUUCUUUUUGGAUUUUAGUUUAAUAAAAUAUGGCUCAAUUGCUUUAUGUCAUUGCUAGCUUACACGUCUUACUAUGUCCAUUCACAAAAGUCGAAGAAAGUUUCAAUAUACAAGCAUUUCACGAUAUUUUAUAUCAUCGACAUAACCUCUCACAGUACGACCACAAUGAGUUCCCGGGAGUGGUGCCGCGUACAUUCGUCGGGCCGCUUAUUAUUUCGGCUCUAUCGGCGCCUAUGGCCGCAAUUUUUCAUCUGUUUGGGAUAAAUAAGUUUUGGAUGCAGUAUGUUGUGCGUCUAGUAUUAGCAUUGACAGUGAUCGGAGCAUGGACGCGGCUGAGGAACACGCUGCAGAAGCAGUUCGGGAACACAUUUGCUUGGUGGUUCACUUUAAUAACAGUCACCCAGUACCACUUCAUGUUUUACAUGAGCCGUCCACUACCUAAUAUUCUAGCAUUACCCCUUGUGUUGCUAGCCUUCGAAGGAUGGAUAUCAGGCAAGCACAAGCAGUUCCUGAUAUCAGCAGGAGCCAGCAUGAUCAUCUUCAGGUCGGAGCUGGCCGUGCUUUUUGGACUGUUCCUCAUUAUUGAUUUAUACUUCAAGAAGAUUGACUUCAAAACGUUGCUCAAAAUAGUGUUACCGGCCGGUGCGGGCCUGGUGGCGCUGACGGUGGUGGUGGACUCCGUGUUCUGGGGGCGUCUGCUGUGGCCCGAGGCUGAAGUGUUCUGGUACAACACCGUGUUGAACAAGAGCUCCGAUUGGGGUACUUCCCCAUUCCUCUGGUAUCUAUACUCGGCGCUGCCCCGGGGACUCGGGCCGAGCUUACUCCUGGCGCCCCUAGGCACGUACCUCGACAAGCGAAUGGUGCAAUUGGUCGCUCCGGCUCUUGUCUACGUGCUGCUCUACUCGCUGCUACCGCAUAAAGAGCUGCGGUUCAUUAUAUACGUGUUCCCGCUGUUCAAUAUGGCGUCCGCUGCGGCCUGCUCUUACAUAUUCACGCGCCGAACGAAAGUGCCAAUAUUCGAGCUCCUUUUCUGGGGCACCGUCGUAGUAGUUGUCGGAAACGUGCUGCUCUCCGUCGCCUUCGUGUCCGUGGCUAUGACCAACUAUCCGGGAGGGGUCGCCAUGACGAGAUUUCACAAGCUCCUGAAGAACGAACCAUACGUCCACUUACAUAUCAGCAACUUGGCAGCACAGACUGGAGUGACCAGGUUCACAGAGAUCCACAACCAUUGGCAAUACAGCAAAAACGAAUCUCUCGACGCAGAACAAUUACAAGAGUACACACACCUCCUAAUAGAAGCUAAGAGUAAAUAUUCACCAAACCUUAAAGCAUUCACCCAUACGCAUACAGUUCUAGAGGGUAUAGAUACGUUUUCUGCAGUUUCUCUAAACUAUAAACUUUUACCUCCGAUCAAAAUAAAAACUCGUCCAGCGCUGUUUAUUCUUCAGAGGAAAGAUUUUCGUGAAUAUCCACAUGGUCAUAAAGUACGCAUUGAUAGCAGUGGUCGAGAAGAACCGGAUUUAAGUAGCCCUCCAGAUGACAGUAUGUACAAUGAGUUGGAAACAGAAUAUGCUAAUAAUGAUAGUUCUGAAUCUGAAGGUCUACUCGAUGAAGAACAAUUUAUUGAAGAAGAAGAACAGACAGUUGAAAUUAAAGAGCCAAUAGUUAAAACAGAUAGUAUUAUUGAAACUGAAGAAGAAUCUCCUGUAGAAUACGAGACAGCAAACGUUGCAAGUGAUCUACCUGUCGAAGAGAGUAUUGCCGAAAUAGACAACACAGUACAUGUUCAAGAAAUUGAAGAGAAGGAAGAAAUUACUAAAAAGCCAAAGGUUAAGAAAGCGAUUGAAGAGUUGAAAAGUUUGAGAAAAGAGAAAAAACGAAAAGCGAUAGCGAAAAUAAAAUCUGAAACUCGAAAAGAGGUUGUGGCAUCGGCGAAAGAAAAGCUUAGAGAGUUGAUGAAACGACACAAAAAAAUCGCGGAAGAACUCUCCAACGACGGUGCCGAUGCAAAGGAACAUGUCGUAGAAAUAGAUGGCAGAGGAGAUAUACCUGAAGAAGUACAGGAAACCGUCGUUGAAGAACAAACUCAAGUUGAAGCUGAUAAUCAAGUUGAACAGAAACAAGAUGUAACUGAAAAUAUUAAACUUAGCGAUGAAACGGCGGGCACAAAUAAAAACAUUGAUGAGAUAGUUGAAGAAGUUAUAGCUAGACUUAUAGAUAGGAAAAUAUAUGAUGAUAAAACGAAACCAGAAGAUAUCAAAGCCGAGGACAGGCAAGUGAUCCAACAGAUUGUAGAAGAGAUUCUAGCAGAGAAAAUGAAUUAUACUAGAUUUGAUCAGUAAUUGUUUUAGUAUUUACUGAUAUUGUUACAGUUACUAAUGUGAUCUCGGAUAUAGUUAUCUAACGGACUAUUUUACCGUCAACUUGCGGUUAAAAUAACUACCUACAUAGCAUAUUUUAGAAUACAGCCCUGAUUUGAAGACUUCUAUCCAGAGGACAUAUUAAAUAGUUAUUUGUUUUACAAGGGGGCAAAGUUGUUGUUUAACCGCUCGUGCUAAUAUUGAUACCCCAGCAAGCGGAAGAUUCCAAAAUUGAACCACGAGCGUAGCGAGUGGUUCGAGAAGUGGAAUCUUGAGCGUUGCGAGGGUUUCAAGGCACGAGGGUUAAACAAACUUUGCCUCCGAGUGAAACACAACAUUUUUCACCACACCAACGCGAGGAAAAUAUUAACUAUGAAAUAGCAAAAAAACAAACCAAAUCAAAUCCAAAUGAACGUAAUUAAAUAUUUAUCAUACAAAAUCAUUAUUUGAAAGUCAAUUCUACCAGCUAACAUAAGGAAACGACUCAAAAUUUGGAUCUGAUUACUUUUCUCCACAUGUGGAUAAAAUGCAACUUUCCCAUUCGUUUUUGAACAAUCAAGAGGGCCUUUACCAGUUGGUGUGGUGAAAACAUAUUUAUAUCCGGUCUAUCAUGUAUUUAACCUGCUUAGCAACGUCAGAAAUAAAGGUAACAAAAUAAAUUCGCGGUAAAACCGAUGUAAAUUUUAAUUUUAGUUCAAAACGAGAAAGAUUUUAUAUUGCUACAUUUCAAUUUUCGAAUCUUUAGAACCAUAUUCCUGAUUAUUUAAUGCAUUUUACAUGCAUUUUUCUAAUAUAUAGCAUUUUAUACUAAUGCAAUAUUUUACUGUUAGAAUUGAAUGGCAAGAAAUCUAGUCACAUAUCCGAAAAAUAAUCUGUCUUAUUGUUGAAUUUGCCGUUAUGUGUAUUUAUUAUUAAGAUUUUCUUACAAUGUGUAAAUAAAACAAUUAAUAUUUAAGUAUGA